CCGUUUAUCACUUAUCAGUAGAAAUGGAAUGUUAGUUUAUUUAUAGUUCGUCAAAUAAUGCUAACGCUCAACACCGCUUUCAAUUUUACAAUAUUACAAGUAAAGUACGAGUACUUGUACUGUGCAACAAAAUUUAGAUAGUUGGGAGAAAGGAAACACAACUUGCAUCAAUUCACAACCCAAGAUGGAGGUGCCAAAAAUGGGGGAUGAGGUUACGAUCCCGUUUGACAUGUUGACGUAUUUAGCUGCUACUAAUGUGAUACCUGAGCCCCCUUCCCAUGUGAAGGGUAAAAAAAGGAAAUUGUAUCGCUUCAUCAUAGAGCGAUACAACAGCGAUGAUGGAACCAUUCAAGCUGGUCUUCUGGAACCUCUGUUCCAUUACAAAAUAGUGUUGAGCUACAACUAUUUCAGUAGUGCCCAGCUCAUCAUUAAAACACCAAAAAAUACGCGGUCACAGUCCAAGAAGCGUAUGCCCAACUGUAAUGUGGCAUUCGCAGCACAAAAUCCAGAAGUAUCAGAAAGUGGCAUCCUCCUACACGAUCCUACCCAGAUGCAACAAAAUAUGGAAAAUCCAUUAGGUGAAGGAGUUCCACAAAUAUUGACCAGCUUCACUUUACCUGAACUGGAAAAUGAUUCGAGACCACCGCCUAAUACAAAUGCACCGUUCAGUUUUAAUCUGCCAGAGAACUCGAGCGGACAAGUGUUGAAAAUGGCCAUUUCUCUGGCUCAAUCAAAAGUGCUACAUUAUGAAAAUUUAGCGAAUAAUGCCCGAAACCAACUCGCAAGAUUAAAAGAGAGACAUUCAGAAGACGAUCCUGACGACAUGAUUGGAACGAUGAAAGAGAUACAAAUUAAAGAAUUGACUGAAAAAUAUUCAAAAAAGAUGUUGGAUAUUUUCAACGAUGAGCCAGUGAUGUCUUACGAAUUUCGCAAUAUAAAGGACGACAAAUAUCCAGCUCUGGACUUUACGAUGGUACAACGUUUGCCACUCAUUAUUACCUUCGACAAAAAUGCCGAGUAUGAGCAAGCCUUUGAAGAAUAUAUGAAGGGGACAACGAUCUUCAAUUUAUUAGAUGGAAGACGUGUGUAUGGUUCAUUGAAAGUACCAAUUUGGGAAUCUAGCAGUAAAAGCGCUGACAAGCCAGCAACGUUGAAAGGGACCGAGAGUGUGACAAGAUUUGCUCUGCCAUUCAAGAAUUCUGCCGUACUGAUGUACGCUUGUCGAGGUUUUAGUUGCCGAUUUUAUCGCCCAAAUCGCCGAAUUGUUCGACAACACGAGAUAGAUACUGGACAUUUUAUUGAACAAGAAAAAGGACCUCAGAAAGAAAGUCCAUCGAAGAACAAUAACGAACUCGUAGUAUCUACGAAUAAAGGAGAGGUCAAGCAUGAAUAUCGAUAUUCGUCCGACGAUUCAGUGGUUGAAACAGAAGUGACUCACGCCCGAGAAAUAACCGUUACCAAAAAUCGUCGCAGAUUCAGAAAGAGAGAAUCCGAAUACACGGAAUCUCCUCAACAGCAGGAAAUAAAACGAGAAGAAAGGCGGCGCUCGUCUUCUGAAGACUCCCUCAUCGAAGUCGGUGUUUACCAACUGGACAAACGUGGCAGAAAGAGGCCUUAUGUAAAGACAAAAGUAUCCACAAAUGGACCUAAGCAAGAAACGAAGACCGAACAAUAUUCAUCCGACGAUUCCGUAAUUGAGGUUGGAAUUACACGGCCGGAUGAGAAUGGGCCUUAGAAGCCUGAUUCUAUGUAGUUGGUCAUUUUUGAUCCGUUUAUUUUUUAGAAUCAAAAAAUGCAUUUCGCUUCUGAAAUUUCAGAUAGUACUUAAUACAUUAUUUCUGCACAUUCUUUCAAUCAAGCUCCGUGUCGGGUUCAAAUAUUUCUGUGCUAGUUGAAACACCUCCCUUGUAAGCAAAAAUCAAAAGAAUAAGUAAGAAAUCAAGACAUUUUCAAAUCGUACAUAAUUUUCUAAAAAUGAGUCUUCGUAAGUUGGGAAAUGAUUACUUCAUCAGGUAUGCGUGUGUUUUUUGGGAACCUCGCAAAUGAGCCACUCUGUAAAUUCCUCAACCUACCUCUUGUGUUCUUUUGACUUCUUUUUGGAAUUUUGGCGAAUUGUCGAAUUCUGCCUAGACUUGAAUUUGUUUCCUGCUCUGAUGUUUGAGCGCUUACCUCCCCUCCCCCCUUUCGACCUGAUCUUGCUUAAUGGUUUUUAGUCACGUAUGUACAUAUAAGUGCAAUGAUAUGUAAUUGAUAUUUUGAAUUGUUUUUUAUAAUCAUAAUUUAAUUAUGUUUGUUUUGUUUCUUGAAUUUUUAUUAAUCAUAAAUAUUUUUUUAUUGAAAGAA